AGCACUUAAUUCCCCACGUGCUCCGUAUGUUUUCUGCUCGCUGCUAGCUUUCGAGACUCGCUCGUUUAGGGAAGUUAUUUAAUUCAUCGCCUCUUCCCUUCUCAUCCUCAUCCUCCCUCGUUUUCUCUGUAUCUCUGGUGGAAUUCGGCAUGCCGAUCAGUUUCCAUUCUACGCCUGCCAUUUCCUUCUUCGAUAAGCGGGGAGUUUCCUUACUCUUCCCUACCCGAGUUUUCGACUGGAAGCCAUGUUUUGUUGCCGAGUAUCGCUGGAUGUGGCGACCCAGAUUGUUCGCUAGCUUGGAGGUAAACCGUGUGUUUAGAAGAAAAUGCUCGCCUAUAUUGGAGGCGAAUUUGUUGUCGAAUGCUAAGCCUUUGGACUCGAAUGAGUGGAGGGUAGUUCCAGAUAUUUGGAAAUCAACAGCAGAGAAAUAUGGGCAUCGGAAAGCUUUGGUGGAUCUCUACCAUGAUCCUCCCACAGAGCGAACUUACAAGCAGCUUGAGCAGGAUAUUUUGGAUUUUUCUGAAGGUUUAAGGGUUGUUGGUCUUCUUCCAGAAGAGAAGAUAGCACUAUUUGCUGACAAUUCAUCCCGGUGGCUUGUUGCAGAUCAAGGUACCAUGGCUACUGGUGCUAUUAAUGUUGUUAGAGGGACGAGGUCAUCUAAUGACGAGCUAGUGAAAAUUUAUAACCAUUCAGACAGCAUUGCACUUGUGGUCGACAAUCCGGAGUUUUUCAACAAGCUUGCUGAAUCUUUGAUCCCAAGGGCGAACAUAAGGUUUGUAAUUUUACUUUGGGGUGAUAAGUCAUUUCUCAACAGCAACUAUGCAAAGGAUAUUCCACUGUAUGAUUUUGAGGAAAUCAUUGGACUCGGUCAUGAAAGCCGCCUUUCAUUGCUCAGUUCUUGCAAAAAAGGUGAAUUUCAUACGUUUGAAACCAUUGAACCUGAUGAUAUUGCAACGCUCAUGUAUACGAGUGGAUCAAGUGGCACGCCUAAAGGUGUAAUGCUUUCACAUCGAAAUUUUUUACAUCAGAUAAUGAACUUUGGGGUGAUUGUACCUACUGUACCUGGAGAUAGGUUUUUAAGCAUGCUUCCAUCAUGGCAUGCUUACGAGCGUGUUGUUGAGUACGUGACAUUUACUUAUGGGAUUGAGCAGGUUUACACAAAUGUGAAAAAAUUGAAGGAUGAUCUGAAGCAGUAUUCGCCACAGUAUCUAAUUUCAGUUCCCCUGGUUUAUGAGAUUCUCUACAGUUCUAUCAAAAAUCAAUUAUCUUCAAGCUCUGCUGCUCGGAAGUUUGUUGCACUGUCACUUAUCAGGAUCAGUCUUCUAUACAUGGAUGCAAAGAGGAUUUAUGAGGGCAAAGUACUAACAAUGACAAAAAAUCAACAAUCGCCUGCUGUUGCUUUAUUCUACAAUUUAUGGGGAAGAGUUGUUGCUGCCAUUUUGUGGCCAUUCCAUAUCCUGGGGAUGAAGCUAGUCUAUAAUAAAAUUCACUCAGCAAUUGGAAUCUCAAAAGCUGGUAUAAGUGGUGGUGGGAGUUUGCCAUUGCAUAUUGACAAAUUUUUUGAGGCUAUUGGUGUGAAGCUGCAAAAUGGUUAUGGUCUUACAGAGACCUCCCCUAUAGUCGCUUGUCGAAGUCCUUACAACAAUGUCCUUGGAACCGUUGGGCAUCCACUUAACUUUACUGAAAUCAUGAUCGUAGAUUUGACAACUGGUAGAUCUCUUCCGGAUGGUUCUAAAGGCAUUGUCAAAGUAAGAGGGCCACAAAUCAUGAAGGGAUACUACAAGAUGAAUAAAUGGCUUCUCUUUGUUGUGAUGGAGCUUCAUUCUUCUUUGGUUGAACUUGGUAAAACCUUAUUUGCCCACGUGGUGGAUAAUUCUCAGGUGGAGACGAUGUUUGUCUUCUCUUCAAGUUAUAAGAAGCAUCGUGAUGGUACAAUGGACCCUCCCCCUGAAAACACUGUUUCUGCGAUCGAUGAGAAGCUGGAUGUCCCUGCUGAGCAACCUACACUUUCAAACCCUAUUGAAAACAAUAAUGAACUCCUACCUACGCCGACUGAUAAUCAGGAGAACUUUGCAGCUCCCCACCUUCAGGAAGUAUCAGGGGUAGAGGUGACAAGUCUUACCUCACACACUUGUUAG